AACCACGUGACAGCGGUGUUCCGUGGCGGCUUCAGAUCUCGUUGGUGAACUCUGUGUCUACUUCCUUUCACAAGUGUCAGUGAGUCGGAGUCGGGAAAGAUGCAGCACGUCAUCCGGUGGAUAUGAUAAGAUGUGAAUGAGUGUGUAAGCUUUACGAGGGAGAGCUCUGGGUGAUUACAUGAUGUCAGGUGCUAAGGCGGACCAGGUUACAGCAGAAGCAGAAGCUGAAUCUGAGAAUGAACUUCAGACUCCAUUCAUCCUAGAGGAAUAUGAGAGAAAGGACCAGCCUCUGAGGGUGUUGCUGAGAGAAAAACUGAAGAAGCAAUGUGUCUGCAGCCCAGCUCGAGCAAAAGCCCUGCUUCUAGACUCUGUACCCAUCUUAAAAUGGCUGCCAAAAUAUCAGAUCAAAGACUGGCUCCUGGGUGACAUGAUGUCAGGCCUUAUUGUGGGCAUCCUGCUGGUUCCCCAGUCCAUCGCCUACUCACUGCUGGCAGGCCAGGAUCCCAUUUAUGGGCUGUACACCUCGUUCUUCUCCAGCAUUAUCUACACUCUGCUUGGCACAUCCAGGCACAUUUCAGUGGGUAUCUUCGGGGUGCUGUGCUUGUUGGUGGGUCAGGUGGUGGACAGGGAGCUGACAUUGGCUGGAUAUCUCACCGAUCAGUCAGGAAACCUCACCAGCCUGGAGAACAGCACAAUUCCACACUGUGACCGUAGCUGCUACGCCAUCACCAUAGGGGUCACUGUGACCUUCAUGGCAGGAGUGUAUCAGGUGCUAAUGGGUCUCCUUCAGGUCGGCUUUGUCUCCGUCUUCCUUUCUGACUCGCUCCUAAGUGGCUUUGCCACUGGCGCCUCUCUCACCAUCCUCACCUCACAGCUGAAGUACCUGCUGGGCCUGAAGCUGCCUCGUGCCCAAGGUUGGGGUUCACUGAUCAAAACCUGGCUCAGGCUCAUCGAGAACCUGAGCCAAACCAACAUAUGUGACCUCAUCACCAGCCUCCUCUGCCUGCUCGUUCUGGUCCCCGCCAAAGAGCUGAACGACCGCUUUAAAUCCAAACUCAAGGCACCAAUUCCCUUUGAGCUGUUUGUGGUCAUCAUUGCCACACUGGCUUCCCACUUCGGUCAUUUCCAGGAGAAGUAUGGAUCUGAGGUGUCUGGGGCCAUUCCCACAGGCUUCAUGCCUCCACAGCUCCCAGCCUGGGAUCUCAUACCUAACAUAGCGCUUGAUGCCUUUUCGAUAGCCAUUGUGGGCUUCGCCAUCACUGUGUCUCUGUCUGAGAUGUUUGCUCAGAAGCAUGGCUACAUAGUGGAUCCCAAUCAGGAGAUGUACGCCAUCGGGUUCUGCAAUAUCUUUCCAUCAUUUUUCCGCUGCUUCACCACUAGUGCUGCCCUGACCAAGACCCUGGUGAAGGAGUCCACUGGCUGCCAGACUCAGCUCUCAAGCCUGGUUACUGCUCUCGUCCUACUGCUGGUGCUACUUGUCAUCGCGCCUCUCUUCUACUCACUACAGAAAUGUGUGCUAGCCGUUAUCAUUGUGGUGAACUUGCGUGGCGCCUUGCGGAAGUUCCGAGAUGUUCCAGGAAUGUGGCGGGUGAACCGCAUAGACGCUGUCAUCUGGCUGGUGACCAUGGCCACGUCAGCGCUUGUAAACACUGAGCUGGGCCUGCUGGUAGGCGUGCUGGUGUCUGCAUUCUGUGUGCUAGGCCGCACACAAUGUGCCCGGACACUCGAGCUGGGCCAGGCAGGGCAUCGUGACCUCUUCAAGGACCUGGAAUCAUAUAAAAACCUCCACAAGCAAGCCGGGGUUGCUGUGUUUCGCUAUGAAGCUCCCAUCUACUACGCCAACCAGACUCUGUUUAAGAAGUCUCUGUAUCGCAGCGUAGGUCUGGACCCACAGAAAGAGAAAGCCAGGCGCAAGAAGCUGGAAAAGCAGAAGAGGAAGAAGGAAGACCCUGAAGUGCCCACCAACAUUUUCCUCCCUUCUUUUCACACACUGAUCCUAGACUGCAGCGCCGUGUUAUUUCUGGAUACGGCAGGAGUUAGCGCUCUGAAGGAGGUGUGUAAGGAGUACAAGGAGUUUGCUGUGCGCUUGUUAUUAGCCCAGUGCAGCACAUCGGUGAUCGAUUCCCUGCGCAGAGGUGGUUAUUAUGACCCCAAGAGCACAGAGAUCAUUUUUCACACUCUCGUUGAUGCCGUCCGUUACGCCCAAAGCUGUCAGUCACAGAAUGGUGACAGUGAGACUCGUUGCUGAUGAAAUGCUACACGUUUACUACACUGUCCAGCCAACCCUAUGUGCCUUGGAAUAUUUUAAACAGAUUAUUUUUGUGUUGUCCUUGGCUCUUUUCAAUCCUAACCUACAUUAAAUAAUGGAAAGAAUUUAUCUGGAUUCCUGUUUGUAUUCAGCGCUCAUAGGUUUGUUAAAUGUAAAAGCUCUGAAUAUUUUCAGAAGAGUUAUGGCCAUUGCAAAGAGGAAAUGUCAUUGCUCUUACAAAGUUCACUGUUGAUUGUAUUUGCACUUGUAUUGUGUGGGUUUUUACAAGGACAAUACAUGUACAAAAACAAGUGGACAGUUCAACCUUGGACAAAACUGUGUGUCUGUCGAGGUUGUGUCUC